GCAUGCGUACUAACGAACCGCCUAUACAAUAUGGUGGACAAAAGCUCCUCGGAGAACUAUACCAUGUGGCCUAUGUUGCUGGACAUAAGUAAGGAAGAAUGUAAGCGUAUAUUGCGUAGAAUGGAGCUGGAAGCCUAUUGCUCCAUAGUGUCAGCUUUUAGAGCCCAAGGAGAUCUCACAAAGGACAAGAAAAAGAUCUUGCAAGAUCUACAAACUACACUGAGUAUUUCCACAGAGAGACAUAGAGCAGAGGUUAGAAGAGCUGUCAAUGAUGAGAAACUGGCAACAAUUGCUGAUCACAUGUGUGGACCCAGUACAGAUGCAGAGUGGAUGAUCGAGGGAAGGCGGCUUAUUCCACUGAUGCCACGUCUUGUUCCGCAAACAGCCUUUACUGUCACAGCCAAUCAGAUGGCUAAUCUACAGGCGGAGAAAAACGCAGCCAUGCCAAGUCCAUCUAGAACAGGAAGUAAAGAGACAGGCAGUACUUCCUCCAGUCCACCCACUCCUGUAAGCGGGACUGUCACCAAAGUCACCAGACCAUCCAGUCCUAACUCCAAUGUGGUGGUACUACCAAGUGGAAUGUCUAUACACAUCAAAGGUGGACUAAAUACUGAAGAUGAAGAAGAAAUGCCCUCUAGAAAAAGGAGGAGGAGCCAGUCUUCUUCGUCAGACUCCAUCAACAUCGUGUCCCCAUCAGCAGGAACCCAGACCCCCAGGGUCACCUACUCCACUGCAGCAAGCUCCUCCUCAGGAAUGUCCCCUGUCAAAAUCACAAUCAGCAAGAGUCCCCAGACCCGGCCACAGGUCACUGCCUCCAGUCAGGCCCAAAAGGUUAUCCUGGUGUCCAGUUCAGGUCAAGCAUCAUCAUCCAGCAUCCUUCAUCAGAAAUCUAUCACAGUUCCAGUGGUGAAAACAACCAGUUCAUUAGGUGGGACGCACAAUCAAAAAUCAUCCAACAUCCUUCCAAACUCUGGAGGCUCAUCCAAUACAAACCUGGGAAACAUAGUCACAAUGGCCACAUCCAUGUCUUCCAGUGCAACAGCAAAUUCUUCAUCCACAGCUGUCACAUCAUCCACUAUGACCUUCUUAACACCAACGGUCAGCAUCCAGAAACCUCGCCCCAAGACAGUUCCAAGACAGAGAUUCCCUGUGAGCCAAGGUCAGCAUAAACCAGGUGUGGUCAUUCCCAUGGGACCACAGCCAGUGCAGCCCUCCCCUCAAUCAAUGCAGAACAUUCAAAUUAAACCUGUUGGGAAAUCCCCCUCCACAAUUCAGAUCAGACAAGAGGGAGGCAUGAAGAUUAUCACCCAGAGUUUCCCAGGAUCUAGCGGUAGUAAGAUUCUGCCCAAGCCCUCGGGGUUACCGACCAGCUCUGGCACCCCAGUGGUUGUGGUCAGUCCCGGAUCCUCCACAGCCUCCAAUGUCACUAUGAUGACCAAGCCCAUCACCUCUAUAGGUCAAGCUGGCACAAAGAUUUUGAACAUUACAACACAAGGUGGAAAGGUCAUCUCUACUUCCAGUCGUGGUCCUAACGUUGUGACGGUGAAUCCUAAAACACUGCACCUCACAGCUGUCAAAUCAGGAGCAGGGGGAAGUGGAAAGCCAAAUGUGAUUGUUGUACAAAAGACUCAGCCAAGGCGACUUUCUGGAACUCCAACCUCUUCUGCAAAGGGGACCACUGUCAUAUCAAGUCCAUUUGAAAAGGAGUUGAUGAGUUUCCUGCAGAAACAAGACAGUACUAAGCACAUUGUGGUUACAUCUGCCUCUGGUGGUCAUAGACCAAUAGAAAGAAAAGUCAUUGUAACAACACCGGGGCAACUAGAGGCUACAAGACAGAGGGUUCGCAUUGAGAAUGCGGAAGGGAAGUUGAUCCAGGAUCUGAUCCAAGCGGCCAGUCAGGAGUCGGAGGGGGGAGGGGACGUCACCAUUAACCUGGACGAGGCCACGCUGGCAGCCCUGACAGGAAACACUGGCAGUCAGCCUUCAGAGACUGUGACCAGCAAGGGUGCUUCAAAUGAAAACCUCCCAAACAAUGAGUGGUUUGAGUAUGAUGACAAUUCAUCCUUCCAGUCGGGGGUUGAUCAGUCUGCUGUUCAAGCCUUGAUAGAACAACAAGGACCUAGCAAGCCAAAGGUCACAGUUCAAAGAUCUUCAAGUGUCGACAUAGGGCAAUUGUCAGACCAACUUUCUCAACAACAGUUCUACACAAUAGAACAAGCUAUGAAGAUUCUAAAUAACCCGGAACAGAGUGAAGCAAUGAUGAUGGAGGAGAAUCAGGAAUCAUCAUCAGAAGGAAAUGUUGUGAUUGAAACAGUGAACACAUCUCAAGGUUCCGAGAUCACGUCACAGAAUGAAUUGGAACAAAUAGCCCGUAAUUUGAAUCUCCAGGGAGAGCUCGACCCACAGACAGGGAUAUUCUACACCGUGACCAAUGCAGCAGGUCAAACUGAGACUCGUAGACUGAAGACCGAGCCCAAAGUAGUGACCGAGAGCAACCCUCAAGGGGAGGCAACCCCUGGCUCUAAGGCUUACGACUUGUUGAGUAGCUCGCUGGCUCAGGCUCAGAUAGAUCUUGAUCCAUAUCAGUUCAUCGAGGAAGAUGUACAUGUGUUAACGGACAAAUCUCCAGCUAGCAGUCAAGCUAACAGUGGCAUUGUGGCAGAAACUACUGCUGCGGCAGCGUCUGACAAUGUUGUAACAUCGGAGAGCAGCAGGACCACCACAAGUGGUUCCAAUCACACCACCACCACCAUUAGAAUCAAGCCAGGCAGCAGUUUUAUACCUAUACAGGAGAUUGCCAAAUCAUCCACCAUCAAUGUCACACAAGAACAGCUGGCACCCAAUGAUGUUGUUCAGGAAGAGUUCAGCACAGAAACGGUCGAGAUGACAGGAACGACGGAUUUCCUGUCCCAGCCUGCAGCGCUAACGGAAGAAGUCCAGUUAGUGAUGGACUCGGUGGCGCUCGGAGACCGAACCAUUCAAAGCACCGAGACUGUCACCGUGGAAACCACACAAACGGUGGACCCAGCAGAAGUCAGUCUGGACAACUUUGUUGUGAUGGAUAACCCUAUUCCAGGAACCAGUGUCAGUGAAGUCCACAGCAUGGAUCCCCUCAGCAGCUCUGAUCCUACAGGCUUGGCUAAAAUGGGCAAGAGGAAAAGGAAGGUUCCUGCAGCUUUAGAGGAUAGCCCAACCCCCAUUCCAGGGGGAGGCUGGAGUAGGGCAUGCUUAGGAUUAAUUCAGAAAGUGAUGAAAUACAGAGGUUUAAAUAGACACAAAGAUGAUUUAAAUGCCUCGACAUGGUUUCUAGAACCAGUGGAUCCAGAAGAUGCGCCUGAUUAUUACUCCAUUAUCAAGAAUCCCAUGGACUUUGGAACCAUCAAAAAGAAAUUAGAGGGUCUUAGUUACUCGGAUUAUGAGGAUUUCCAUUCUGACAUGCUGCUAGUACGAGACAACUGUCGGCUCUAUAACCCCCCAGGAAGUGUGGUGCGGAGAGACUGCGAUGAAGUGUUUGCCUAUUACAUGUCAGAGUAUGAGAGAAUUCUGGAAAAAUGGCAGAAGGCUCACAUCUCUUCACCGUCCUCCAAGAAAUUGAAGUUUGAAAGCAGAAGUCCAAAGACAUGAACUUGAUCUUCAUGUUCUCAAUCCAUUGUGCCAAAUUUAUCUCAGCGUUCUAUUGAUUAGCUGAGAGCAUACUGUUCACUGCCAGAUAUUAUAUAUUUUUACUUACAUUGUAUAAUGAUUUGUGUGCAUGUAUUUGUAAGAAAUUCUUUAAAGAUUACUAGUUACUCAUUCUCCUAAAAUCAUGUCUUAGAAAUUGCUCCAAAAUUGAAAUCUUCUUAAUUGACAAAAGGAGCCAUAUGGCUCAUACCCGUAGGUAUUUAAAUAUACAGCUAAAUAUUAAAUACAAUUGAACAUACUAGAUACUAAGGAGAUAUAUAGAACAAUUUGAUGAUUUGAUACAUAUCAAAUAGACAUGAUCAUUCUGUGAGAAUUUUAGCCUUUUUAAACCAUUUGUAGUGCAAUAUCAUUUUAUGUUGAAGUUGCUGACUUUGGUAUUUUCCACCCAUUUACUCUGAAUGUCAUUUAAAUGACUCAUUAGUUUAGAUAUGUGGAAAUAAGGUUAUUUAAAGUUAGGUCUUUGAAGAAUUAUCAUAUUUGUGUUUGUUAUGUUAUUGUUUACGACUUGAAGGCAUUUGUAUAUUCUCCUGAAUAUCGAUUUCUAUUACGUUUCAAAUCUAGCAUAUUAAAUUUGUUUAACAUUAAA